AUGUUCAAGGUAGUAGCUCUCAUAAGCGGUGGGAAAGAUGGUAUAUUUUCCAUCAUGGAUUGCAUCUCCCAGGGUCAUCAAAUUGUUGCUUUGGCUAAUAUGCAGCCGCCUCCAUCUAAAAAUAACUUCGUAGAAAUUGACAGCUAUAUGUAUCAAUCUGUCGGCACCGAGGGCGUCAAAUAUUUAGCUGAUGCCCUUAAUCUUCCCCUUUAUCAGGCUGAAAUCAGACGAAGCGCUCAAUGUACUUCUAUGAAUUAUGAGGUCUCGGUUGAUGAUGAAGUUGAAGAUCUAUAUGAUCUUCUCUGUAUAGUAAAAGAAAAACAUCCCGAAAUAAAUGCUAUACUUUCUGGCGCUAUUCUCUCAAAUUAUCAACGGGAGCGAGUUGAGAACAUCUGCAAUAGACUCUCGUGGCACUCGUUGGCAUUUCUCUGGCGACGAAACCAAAAGGAACUUUUAUUAGAUAUGAUAGCAUCUGACGUAUUGGCACGAAUAGUCAAGAUUGCCUCUUACGGUCUCGAUGUUAAACGUGAUUUGGGUACGUGGAUCUCGGACUUCAUGCCACGGGCAUUUAAAUUAGCUGCCGACCCCGAAUGUUCAUUGAAUCCCUGUGGAGAAGGUGGUGAAUUUGAAACAUUCACCUUUGACUGUCCCAUCUUCCACAAAAGAAUUGUUGCCACUGAACCUCCUGAAGUAAUAGUCCAUUCCAGCGACUUAUAUUCUACUGUCGCUUAUCUUCAUUUCCCUGGCUUACGCUUAGAAGAUAAAAGUGAUGUUCUCAAAUCAACAGAUCUGCUCAGUAUUGAAAAAUCUAUCCUUGUUGAUGGAAAUCGCGAAAUCAGGCACCCUUUUGUGACAAAUGAGAAAAGAUGUGAGAAUCUUCUAGAAUCCGUUACGGAAGAAAUCUCAGCGGAUGUUUUGGGAGUUCCAAUUGUUGAAUCAAAGAUGCCUGUUUCUCCCGAAUUUCCGGCCACUUCUGUACUUACAGCCAACUCUUUUGGAGCAAACUACGAGUCUGCCGCCGAAACCAUUCUUCAUGCUUGUUCCCACGUGAAAACGAUUAUAAGUAGGAAAUCUUUCAAUCGGGCAACUGCAAGUGCUGAUGAUGUUCUUCAUUGCAUUAUGACAAUAAAUCUUAAAAUUUCGGAUGAAUAUAUUCAAAAAGCAGUGGAUUGUGGAUUUAGAAAUCUCUUCGAAACGAGGUUAAAUUCUCCUCCAAGUUUCCUAUGUGUUUCUACACCGUUGAAUCGAAGUACUUUCGAGCAGUUUGGGGAUUGCGAUGCAAAUGCUGGGGUUGCUAAGGAUAUUCGGGUUGUCGUUUCAAUCGCCUGCAUUCUCGCUUCACCAGAAGGUAGAUCCACGAUGAAUAUGGAGACGAUGCGAGUUCGUUCACUUUCCCACUGGGCUCCAGCGAUUCCCCUCACACAGUUCCAUAGUCAGGCAGUGAUGUACUUUUCCCAAGAUUGUUUCUUCUCUGGUGUAAUCGGUGUGAUGCCAGAGACAGGAGAACUUCCAUCCGUAUCAGAAGUGGUAUCAGAUGGUUUGCCACUUCACAUUGAACAACAGUGUUGGCUUGCUCUACGACAUGUUCACAGGCUUAUCAUGGCGAUGGAGCAGUGUGGCUGGCAGUACCUAGCGUAUGCAGUUGUCUACGCUACAAGCAUAGAAACUCUACAUCGUUCCAAGGAGCAGUUCCACACAACUGUCUGCGAUGCUUUGUCAGAACGGAAGGAGAGUAGACAGUGUCUUUGUCAGGCUCUAAUUGUUUGGGUUGUGAUCCCUAAUUUGCCCAAUGGAGCGGCUGUGCAAUGGCAGUUUGCCACUUCCAAACGUAUUUGUAGCCAAGAUGGCUAUCGAUCGGUCAUGUACGAUAAGGAGGCUUCUGCUAAAUUGGAUGUGGGAUCUAAUUAUCUCUUUCUUAUGAAAGCGGACGCUUUUCCCCCGCUUGAGACUCAGGGAAUGGUUAUUCCUGUGGAGCGGUUUUUGGAAGAUGAUAUGAAAAUUGCCUGUAUUAAUUUGUGCUGUGAAUAA